CAUUUUACUCCUAGUGGGAUUUGCUUUUACUAUUGCAAUGUUCCUGCAAUCUCUCACCUGCCACCAUGAACCGUUAUACAACUAUGAAACAGCUUGGAGAUGGCACAUAUGGCUCAGUUCUUCUUGCACGAAGUACAGAGUCUGGAGAGCUGGUUGCUGUUAAAAAAAUGAAAAGGAAGUUUUACUCUUGGGAAGAAUGCAUGAAUCUUCGUGAGUUAAAGUCGCUCAGGAAGCUUAAUCACCCAAAUGUCAUUAAACUGAAGGAAGUUAUUCGAGAAAAUGAUCAACUGUACUUUGUAUUUGAAUACAUGAAGGAAAAUCUCUACCAGCUAAUGAAAGACCGGGAGAAUAAACUGUUUCCAGAAACCACUAUCAGAAAUAUCAUGUUUCAGAUACUUCAAGGGCUUGCUUUUAUACACAAAUACGGGUUCUUUCACAGAGACCUAAAACCGGAAAACCUCCUUUGCAUGGGUCCAGAGCUUGUUAAAAUAGCAGAUUUUGGACUAGCACGAGAGACCAGAUCAAGACCCCCUUAUACCGAUUAUGUGUCAACUAGAUGGUACCGAGCUCCUGAAGUGCUACUUAGAUCUACAAACUAUAACUCUCCCAUUGACAUCUGGGCUGUUGGCUGCAUCAUGGCUGAAGUGUAUACUCUACGCCCUCUCUUCCCAGGCUCCAGUGAAAUAGAUACAAUAUUCAAGAUUUGUCAGGUUCUAGGCACACCUAAAAAGACUGACUGGCCCGAAGGCUACCAGCUUGCCAGUGCAAUGCAUUUUCGUUGGCCUCAGUGUGUUCCAAACAACCUAAAAACAUUAAUUCCUAAUGCAAGCAGUGAUGGAAUCCAGAUCAUGCGCGAUAUGCUUCAGUGGGAUCCUAAGAAGAGGCCAACAGCUAGCAAGGCUCUUAGACACCCAUUUUUUCAAGUGGGUCAAGCUCUUGGAACACCUCAAAGAAUUCAAGAGUUAACAAAACCACAGAAGGAAUUCCAGGAGAAGCAAAUUCCUUUGCAUAGCAAGCCUGUACCACCUGCUCAACCUCCUCCAAAGUUUCAUGCCAGACUCUCAUCCCGGGCCCUCCAGCAAAGUCAGUUAAAUGGACAUCCUGCCAAAGUGAGCACAUCCAUAACAGAUUCUUUAGAAGGGUACCAAGAAAGAGGCUCCAUCAGCCACCCACUGCUGCCAGCACGAAGCAACCAAGCACCGCCACUUAAAGGCACCACCAAUACAGAGAUUGCUAAUACAGAUCUCAACACAAAGAAUAGGAGGCGAUGGGGACAUAUUACGAAAACGCUUAAGGUAUCUGAUGAGUGGGAUGACUUAGAAGAUGUUGAUAUCCAUUCUUCAGUCACAAAAACUGAAUUACAGCAUGAAAAACGCAGACCAAGUGAGGAUGCUCUUUGUAGCUUUGAACGCAUUUUGGACUUGAAGCGAGAAGACCAUGAUAUACCCAGACCUGUGCAAUCCUCAUUCUCUAGACAGGACACUACAGCCUCCAGGAGAAUGUCUGCAAAACAGCAUUAUUUGAAGCACACCAGAUAUUUGCCAGGAAUCACAAUCAAGAGGAAUACUGGAAUGAAUCCAAGUAAAGAUGUAACUAGUACCUUUAAUCCGUGGCCAAAUAUUAAACAGCCAAUGAAACCUCUUGGUGUGCCUGCAGGACACUCUGGAAUGAACGGAGCAGCUGGCGGUUACAGUUCAUCUUUCUUAAAACAAGAACUAAGUUCAGUGGGACCAAAGGCACGUUUGCCACCACUUACAGAUCCACUGCCCAACUUUGAGUCUCUGAAAUCGGAUUUGUACCAAAGACAGUCUGCCUUCAGCUCUUCAUCCAAAAACUCCCCUGUGAUCGCCCCUAGACCGCCACCUACGUUUCAGCCAGUCCAUGGCAGGACAGACUGGAUAUCAAAAUAUGGUGGGCACAGAUAGCAAAAAAUAAGCACUUUAUCUGACUGUUCUAUUACUGGCUAUGCAGUGCCCAGGAACUGACAUUUUAUGUUGCACAUUUAAGCAAUCUACAGCAUAAGAGGCCUUUUUAUGGCUAGCAUAUGUAAUAACAUAACAAUACCUGACAAUACUGGG